AUGGCGAGUGAGCAAGACGUUUAUGACGCGCGCGCGGUCGCGGCAGCUGCCGCCGCCGCGCCGGAGCUGUCUGAUCGCCGUUCGGCGGCGCCUGCGCCGUCGGCGGGCCCCAUCGGACGCUCCACUUAUGACGACCCGGCAACCCCAGGAGGACCAAGAACGUCCCGCUCUGAUGGUCAACAGCAGCGGCGCCGAGCUGCGCCACCACCUGCUCCACCUGCUACUCCUCCGCGACAACCCGCCCAGCGGCGUCUGCUUGCUGCUCGGGCGGACCUUGGUUACGCCGACGUCCUCCAGGGCCGGACGACGCCUCCUUCUGCCCCUGCUGUCCAGCCUCUGCGACGCUCUGAAGACGGGCCUGCUCCACCUGCUGCAGCUGCUGAUUUCAUCGCGGUCUUGCAAGAAGUCCAGGCCACCCUCGUGGCUGUCUCUGCCGCUCUGGCCCAGCUGCCGACCGCCAUCACUGCUGCAGUCCAUGCAGCCCUCCGAAGUUUCCCCACUGCCACGGCGAUCGCAUCCGCUGGCCAUGGCUCACAACCUUAG